UACGAUACUAUGGAUCUAUGCACCGCAGGCCAGACAACAUGCAGCGUGCAUGCGGCAAGGCUGGGAAGCGUACGGCGGGCACUUGCUGGGCAUGCUCGGGCGCUCAAGCUGUGUGGAGAAUGUGUGGUGUGCCAGUCGCCUUUCGAUCACCUGUCAGCCCCAGUCCCAGCCCCAGUCCCAGCCCCAAUCUAAGCAACCGCUUCUGCUGCCCUCAAAUCCCCCCCCGCAUAUGAUUAGUAAUCAAUCCCCAGACGACUCCUACAGCUACAAGUGCUCCUCCAAAUGCGCCCCAAGAGCCAUCGAGCCUGGAUCCUUCUUCUGGCCAGCGUCCUCUGUACAGGCGGCACAGCACACGCGUGGGAGUACCCCCAAAGCAGCCUCCUGAGCGACGACUACGACUACGGCUAUGCGGAUAGCAGCUUGGAGGGCUACGAUGGCUACGACGGCCAGUACCAGCAGAACUGGGCCAGCCUCACCGUCAGUCCCGAGUGCCUAACCCUGGAGCCCGGUCCCCAGUACCCCCAGAACCCGCCCAUGGAUCCCGGCCCCCAGAACGGUCCCCCACCCAUGGAGCCCAAUGGAGUGGUGACGCCGCCGCCGACGACGACGACCUGUUUACCGCCCGCAAGCAGCACCGUUUGCGAGUACCCCUCGCAGAUCCCCACCCCGCCGGCGCGGCCCGCCUGGCAGCACGAGGACGUGGACGAGAGCGAGGAGCGACGCAAGGAGCUGCGCAUCAUGCUGCAGCAGCUGUACGUGGCCGAGGCCAGGGUCCAGCUGGAGGCCACCGAGAUCCGGAAGGCCCAGGGGGUGGCCUCCUCCGCCCAGACGCAGCUGGAGGAGGCCACCAACCAGGUGCGCACCAUCACGGCCUCCCUGCACACGGCCCAGCAGUCGGUGGCCGCGGCGGCCAUCCGGGCCCAGAUCGCCCAGCUCCAGCUGGCGGCCCACGACCAGCUGCUGUUCGCCGCCCGCCAGGACGUCGACGCGCUCUCCUCGCAGAUGGUAGGCGUCCAGGCGGCCGAGGGCAUUGUCCAGCCCAAGCUCAAUGUGGAUCUGCGCGCCCUGCUGGACAAGCUCAAGCAGCCACUCCAGCAGUUCGACAGGCCAACGCCGGUGCCCGCCAUAGCCACGGAUCCGCAGUUCUUUGGGUUCUAUCAUUACCAGCAUCAGCAGCCGCAGCCUCCGCCGCCGCCGCCGCCGCCGCCACCUCAGUGGCAGCAGCCGUGGCAGCCGCCGUUUCAGAGCGGCUACCUGCCCAACGAAAUGUUUGAGAUGUCGGGUGAGCCGAGGGCCGAUAGUUGGGACGACGAUGCCUGGUACGAUACCUAGGCGGAGUCCAAGUCUCUCCCAGUCUCUGUAUCUAUGCGUCUGCAUAGUAUCUAUAUAUAUUUUUUUAAGUGCUUAUUCGUUUGUUGUCCCCCAAAUAAAUGUAAUAUCUA